AUGGACACCUUGUCGGAUUGUUCUCUUCCAGAUGCGCAAGCCCUAGCGCUGCUGGCGCUGCACGAGUUGGAACGAGGCAAUCUAGAUUCCUCCCGUUAUUACAGCGAUCAAGCAGUCCGCCAUCUUCACGCCGCCCAUGUUGCGAUAGGGCCAGAAGCCAAAAAUGACGAUGCCGUCCUGUGUGCCGUCCGGAGGGACGUCCUCUACGCCCUCAUCUCGCUCGCGCGGAUGAUUCGACUCGGGAUUGCUCGUGUAAAAGACGCGACCAGUUACGCUGUCAAGCGUCAAGCGUCCACCGGCACGGACAUGAUCAACCCGGUUGGGUUUCAUGUAAAUGCCCAAGUUGAGCAGCUGCUCAGCUGGACAGAACCUCAGCCUUUUGAAUUCUCGUCCGCGUCGUUGCGCACAGGACCGGCAUUGAGCCAGCUCACGACCUGGGUGUAUUGCUUUUCGGCGCGAGCCCAGAUAUACGUCGAUGAUGUGCUUCCUGAGUUGCUUCUGGAUACAUACUCCGCAUGCCUAUCCUGGUACGCAUCCAAGCUGCAGGCCAGCAAAGGCCCAGCCGGCGGCUCAGGGCCUUUCGAUCAUAUGUAUUAUCACUUCUGUGUACUGGAACUGUUCCGGCCGUUUUGCGAUCUGCAAUGCGUCACGAUGCCCGUGUCUCCGCGACAGAUCUGCCAAGAGUCAGCCGAGGCGGUCUUUGCCAUGGCGAAGGCGUGCAGGGGUGCCAAGUUCGAUGACUUUGAUCUGCCCUGCUUUGUGCCGCUCUUUCUGCACGCGGCUGGCCUGAUAGAGAUCGAUAUUGCCGAGGGUCAGGCUAGAGACCAAGGUGUAGACAUGUCGACGACAACUCUAGCAUCGCAGAGCGACCCCUGGCUGUGGCUUGGAGACGCGGUCGACCCCUUGUCCCUAGGCAACAAGGCGGUGCAACAGCUCACCGAAUUGUCCAGCCGUUUCGAAGUUGCGCGGAAGUUGGAAGCGGCCCUGCGCACAGCUUUGCACAACCGGGUUGGAUCGGCGGAAGACGCAGCGAGGUGA